GUGAUGAUGAGGUACAGAGAUUCCUGGAAUAACACACCAUCUAGCUGGGAAGACUCCGAUGAUCCCUGCGGUGUGCCAUGGGAAGGAGUCAGCUGCACUGGUGCAAGGGUGACUGAAUUGAGUUUAUCAGCCAUGGGGCUCAUAGGGGAACUUGCCACUGGCUACAUUGGGCAACUCAGUGAACUGACGUCUUUGGACGUUUCAUUCAACCCUGGCCUCACAGGUCAAAUUUCUAUACAAAUAUCAUUUCUCCAAAAGUUAAAGACCCUGAACCUAGCUGGAUGCAGCUUCAGUGGUUUUAUUCCAGAUUCGUUUGGAGAUCUUGAACAGCUGACAUUCUUGGCUAUGAAUUCAAACAACUUAUCUGAUAUAAUACCUUCUGAAUUGGGUCAACUCUCCAACCUCUACUUUCUUGAUCUAUCGGACAAUCAUCUGACUGGGCCUCUCCCAAUCUCAAGCAAUAUUACUUAUGGUGGACUAGACCUCUUGUUAAAGGCUCAACACUUCCAUUUGAGCAACAACCAGCUCUCAGGUUCCAUUCCACCUGAGCUUUUCAGCUCUGAGAUGAGUCUGAUUCAUCUGUUCCUAGACGGUAAUAAUUUUACCGGGGUUAUUCCAGAAACAUUAGGACUUGUUCAGACUCUUGAGAUGGUUCAGCUUGAUAAAAACUUUCUGACUGGAACUGUCCCCUCAAACCUUAACAACCUUACAAAUGUCAAUGAACUGAAUUUGGCCAACAACAACUUGACAGGCCCUUUGCCUGACUUGACCGGAAUGAAUUCCCUCAAUUAUGUGGUUAUGGAAUUCGGAUCACUUCAAGGACUUGUGCCUGAGAAGCUAUUCAGCCUUCCCGAAUUACAGCAAGUGAAACUGAAAAACAAUACGUUUAAUGAUACAUUGAACAUGGGUGAUAACAUCAGUCUACAACUGGAGCUUGUGGAUCUCCAGAACAAUCAAAUUUCCCUGCUUGUUCUAGGAUACGAAUACAAAAAGGCAUUACUACUUAAAGGAAACCCAAUAUGCUCCGGUGGUGGUCAAAAUACUACUUUCUGUCUUCCGGCGACGGUGUUCUUCGAGCUUCCAGCGCACGCCGUCCACAUGGACUUCUACAGUGAACUCACCACCGCCACGCGCCUCAGCAAUGACACGUUGAUCCUCGUCAACGCCGUUGAGGGCGUCCACAUCCAGACGCACGCCGUCCUCCGCCAGGCUUGGAUCGAGAAGCUCACGCCGUGCCUGGUGAUCAACAAGAUCGAUCGGCUCAUCUCCGAGCUUGAGAUGAGCCUUAGGGAGGCCUACAUUAGGUUGUUGCGGAUUUGA